AUGGAGCCCUUAUAUGAGGAAUACCUGGCCAAUCGGGGAACAAUAGUAAAACCUUACUACUGGCUGAGCUUCUCUCUUGAUUGCCCUAAUUGUCCUUACCACAUCCGGACGGGUGAAGAAGCAAGAGUUCCCUACACAGAAUUUUACCAGAUUUUUGGUUUCCCUUAUGGGCCAACAUAUCCUCAAACAAAACACCUCACAUUCUAUGAACUAAAAACUUCUCCUGGAAGCCUGGUGCAAAAGGGCCAUGCCAGCAGUUGCACUGGGAAUGAUACCCAUCCGGAAUCAAUGUUAUUUGAGAUAAAUGGUUACUUUGACUCCGCCAUACACAAUAACGAUGGCAUCAGGCAUAUCAUUCUGUAUUCCAGCAACUCCCCUUGCAAUGAAGCGAACCACUGCUGCAUCAGCAAAAUGUACAAUUUCCUGGUAAAGUAUCCAGAUAUCACUCUUAGUAUUUAUUUUUCUCAGCUUUAUCAUACUGAGGCUGAAUUUCCUGCCUCAGCGUGGAACCGCGAAGCUCUCCGGAGCCUGGCCGGUUUAUGGCCGCAGGUCACUUUGAGCCCAAUAAGUGGCGGGAUUUGGCAUUCUCUGCUCAACAACUUUGUGAGUGGUGUCUCAGGAGUGACUGUUUUCCAGCCCAUUUUAACCGGGAGAGCACUGGCAGACAGGCACAAUGCAUAUGAGAUCAAUGCCAUAACGGGGGUGAGACCCUAUUUCACUGAUGUUCUUCCCCAGGCAAAAGAGAACCAGGACAUAAAAGCUUGGGCAGCUUUAGAGGGCUACCCCUUAAACAAUGUCUUACCCAGACAAUCUUUUCAAGUGACAAGUGGACAACUGCAACCCAAUCUGACCCUAGACCCCAGGGUUCCUGUCGUUUUCGUGCUGGUGCCCUUCAGAGACCUACCACCAAUCCACGUGGGACAAAACCCACAUAAACCCAGGAACAUCGUAAGGCACUUAAAUAUGCCUCAAAUCUCAUUCCAGGAAACCAAUGAUCUCAGAAGGCCUCCCACUGGAAUGCCAGGGGAGAGAGUAGAAAUUAUGGAACAGUUUGCUAGUAGCAAAGAGGCAGACGAAAAGAAAAAGAAGAGGAAAAAUUAAAAUUUUGCAUUCCUACAACAGGAGACCAAACUACUACCAGAGGACUUUAUUAG